CUCCGUUCGACAAUAAAUCUAUCAACAUAGAAAUACACGAAUCGGGUGUGAUCUAAGAGACGUCGAUAACUGUCAACUGUGUUAUUAAUUUAUAACGGACGUUUCUUGUGUGAAAGGCUUUACUUGAUUUAAAACAAAUGACUGAAUACAAACUCGUUGUUGUUGGGGCUGGUGGUGUAGGCAAAAGUGCCCUUACGAUACAGCUUAUUCAGAAUCAUUUUGUUGAAGAGUAUGAUCCAACGAUAGAGGACUCAUACCGAAAGCAGGUUGUGAUAGAUGGGGAGACAUGUCUGCUGGACAUCCUGGACACUGCAGGUCAGGAGGAGUACAGUGCAAUGCGUGACCAGUACAUGAGGACAGGAGAGGGGUUCCUCUGUGUGUUUGCUGUAAACAAUGCCAAAUCUUUUGAAGACAUAAACCAGUACAGGGAACAAAUUAAAAGAGUAAAAGAUGCAGAUGAAGUCCCAAUGGUUUUGGUAGGCAACAAAGUAGAUUUACAGUCCCGCUUUGUGGACACCCGACAGGCCAAGCAGAUUGCAGACAACUAUAAUAUUCCCUAUGUGGAGACUUCUGCAAAGACGCGGCAAGGUGUUGAUGAUGCUUUUUACACCUUGGUUCGAGAGAUCAGAGUUUUUAAAGACAAAAAAGGGAAGUCAAAGAAGAACAAAAAGAAAACCUGUGGAAUGUUAUAAUGUCAUUGUCAUAUCUUGCACAUGUCUUUUAUUAUGUAUUUUACAAUAAUUAAGCUUGCUUGUGUAAAGGGCCCAUAUGGUAACUAAAGCUACAUUAUUUCUAAACUGUGUGUAUUUUAGAACAAUUAGGUGACCAUGACGAUUGAUUACCAGUAUUUAAGAUUUUCGAAAAUUGACUUUAUAUUCUGUUAAAGGUAAUAAUCAAAACUUAUUUGACCGUUAGUUUAAAAUACAUUAAGUUACACUAUUUUGAUUGUCAUGCAACGAGAAGGUUGAGAAAUCAAAUAAGUUAUUUGAUUGUUCAAAAUGUAAGGUGCAACAUUAAAAGAUUGUCUGCUUGUUUUAUUCAUGUGAGCUUGCUCACAUGAUAUUAACUGUGUCCACAGACAAGGCUUGAAUAUUCAUAUGUAGUGUUCAGAAACAUAGGUGGUUUGCAUGAGGCUAUGAUAUUAAUUAGUGAAACAUCAUUUUAAAUGGAAAAUAAGACCGUUUUCUUGGAAAUCACUGAACACUUGAAUAAGUUAUGGCUGUUCAAAGCGAUGCACUCUGUUUUCUGAUCAUUUUAAGUUGAAUACCUUGUUAUAAUAAAAAAAAUAUAUAUUUGAUUGUGAUGUUGUUUUAAAGAAGUUGAUUUUUCAUUAUAAUUUGAGUAUUUUCAAAUUAAUAUCAUAGCAACACGCUAACCACCUGUGUUCAGAAAUGGAAUCAUGUUUGCUUUUCUUUCAAUUUUCCUAUCAUGUUAAGUGAUCUUUGCAAAAACAUUUACCAUGUAAGAGAAGUUUGCUUAAUAAAUUAAACUAUUAUUAAUGAUUUAUUCUUUUAAGCAAACGUCAUUGUUUGUGUAAAUUAAUGAAUUAAUUUCAUAUGCAUAUUCUUUUAUUUAUGUGUUUAAUUAAGAUUUAUAUGUUGUUAUUGUCUUUCAUAAUAUUUUCUUACUUUUUUUGAUAUAGUUUGUUGUUGUCUUAGAAAUAAUUGCACCGAGUAUAUUGCAAAUUGUUGCACCUGAUUGUUGGCUUUAAAAAUAUGGUUUUAAUCUUUCAAGAGUCUGUAUAAAAAAAGGAGUCUUACUAAUGAGUGUUGUAUUUCAAAAUCAGUGUUUUUGUUUAAAGAAAAUACAAACCAAAACAACACAUCACCUAGUAGAUGUUACUUGGAAAUUUGUUUUAUUAUGAGAGAUCUAUUGUUAAAAUUAUGUUUUUUUUCUAAACUUAUUUUUAAAAGUGUUGUAGUGCUUAAUAUUAUUUUCAUUGUUUAACUGAAUAUAGUUUAUUUAAUGUAUUCCUAAUGUUCUUCACUUAUCAUCAUAAAGGGGACAUGUUUAAAGAUGUUUAAAGAACAAUUUUUGUUGCAGAUUAUGCAUAGAAUAAUUAUGUUUAACAAAGAAUCAAAAUAACUAUUGGGGCAUAGAUAUAUCCUGUAAAUGUUGUAUUGGUUGGGUUAAAAUUAUAAAGCUUUGUUUCUGUUGUUUGUGAGAGUCUUUGUGACCUUUCUAAGUCACAUGUUUUGUCAAAUUUCUAUGAAACUUACCUAGAAUAUUUGUUCUAAAGAUAUCUCGAUCAAGUUUGAAAAUGGUUUCGGUCUCCCUAUAAAACAGCAGACGGGUUGGGCAGUUUUCAUUGAAAAUGUUUUUUGUUCAAAGAAAAAGAUGUUGGCCAGUUGUGGGACAGUUUUGCUUACAUGGCUUGAAUGCCAAGUGUCUGUUGGGGACUCUAUUUAAGACACAUUUUUUUGUCCUAUGUUCCUGAAACUUACCUAGAACCUGUGUUCUAAUGAUAUCUCAAAUGAGUUCGCAAAUGAUUCUGGUCCAUUGAAAAACAAAGCAAGGGAAUGUGGCUGUUUUUUUAUGCCCCCCUUCGAAGAAGAGGGGCUAUAUUGUUUUGCACAUGUCGGUUAGUUGGUCGGUCAGUCCACCAGAUGGUUUCCUGUUGAUAUCUCAAGAACGCUUAGGCCUAGGAUCAUGAAACUUCAUAGGUAUAUUGAGUAUGAAAGGCAGAUGACCCCUAUCGAUUUUCAGGUCACUAGGUCAAAGGUCAAGGUCACAGUGACUCGAAAUAGUAAAAUGGUUUCCGGAUGAUAACUCAAAAAUGCUUAAGCCAAGGAUCAAGAAACUUCAUAUGUACAUUGAUCAUGACUGGCAGAUGACCCCUAUUGAUUUUUAGGUCACUAGGUCAAAGGUCAAGGUCACAGUGACUCGAAACAGUAAAAUGGUUUCCGGAUGAUAACGCAAGAAUGCUUAGGCCUAGGAUCAUGAAACUUCAUAGGUACAUUGAUCAUGACUGGCAGAUGACUCUAUUGAUUUUCAGGUCACUAGGUCAAAAGUCAAGGUUACAGUGACUCGAAACCGUAAAAUGGUUUCCUGAUGAUAACUCAAGAAUAAUUAGGCCUAGGAUCAUGAAACUUCAUAGGUACAUUGAUCAUGACUGGCAGAUGACCCCUAUUGGUUUUCAGGUCACUAGGUCAAAGGUCAAGGUCACAGUGACAAAAGACGUAUUCACACAAUGGCUGCCACUACAACUGAAAGCCCAAAAUGGGGGCAUGCAUGUUUUACAAACAGCCCUUGUUUUCUAUGGCUUUAGUGAAACUCUAAAAGUCAAGGUGCAUAGAACAAGUUUGUUCCUUUGGUUCUGAAAUGAACGACUCGGGUGACCUAUGGCUCAUUUAGUCUAUGAAUGUGUUCAAAUAAAAUAAUACAUUUUUGCCUCCAAGAGUUGUUGCGUGAUUGGUAUCAACAUUAAUUCAAUUAUAAAUAUAUUAUAUAUUACCAUAGGAUAUGUUGACAAUUGACCAAGAUAGGAAAUCACAUGAUAAGGUCGCAACUAUGUAUAUUUCUGAUGAAUUGGGAAUACAGAAUAUGAAAUAAGCUUUGCUCUGGGAAAAUGGGGCUUUAUGCAAGUGCUUAAAGUGUUGACCCAGAUUAGCCUGUGCUGUCAGCACAAGCUCAUCAGGGACACCACUUGCCACUAAGAGUGAAAUUGGUUAAGAGGGGACUUCCUUUACAUGUGAAAUUCCAUAAAAAAGAAAAGUGUCAUCCCUGAAAAGCAUGUGGAGACUGCACAGUAUAAUCUUUUAUAACACUUAAAGCACGUGUAUCAAGUCUAGUUUUCAGAACGAGGCUCAUGUUAAUUCUCGUGGGUACGUGUUGCUUUUCUGCAUGUAAAUAAUGGUUGUUAAUAAGCCAGUUUUGUUGCUCAGUCAUUGACAUGUAAUUCCAUGAAUAUUGUACUCCAGUGUAUGUGAAACUAUUGAAUAAGUGUUUGUGCUUCAUUGCAGAUAGAAUCAUUUGUCUAUCACAUAAAAGUGUUAUUAGUUUUUGAUGUUUAAGGUUUAUGUUAUGUAACAUAAUAAUAGACUGUUAUUUAAGAAACACCAUCUGUAAAUUUAACUCUUUCAGUGCUGGAACUGAAUUUUGAAGGCCUUUGCAAACAGUUUCAAUCUAGAUGUGACGCCACAGAACGUGGCGUCUCAUCAGGAUCCAAACUGUUUGCUAUUCUGAUAGUAUUCUUUGAAAAAAAUUUGAAGGAAAUGCUAAUUUUAGAAAUUCAGCAGACGACAUUUUAGCAGACAAAAAAUUUCCCAGCAUGCAAAUGGUUAAACAGAUCAUGUAACCAGAAUUGUAAAGCAUCAUCACAGUGUCCAAUAAAGCAUUACAUAAAGUGUGAUAAUUUGAAAAAGAAACUUUUAAGUGAAACUUAAUCAGAAUUAGCUAGAGGAAUGUUUUAUACCAUGAAACUAUUUAGUUAUGGUCACUGGCAACUGGCCAAACAAUUUUACUGUGCAUUUUGCAAUUAUUGAAAUAUCACAUGUAGUAUUGAUUAGAAUUAUGUUGUUAAAAACAAAACACACUGUUACUGUUCCAUUUAAAUAAUCUUGCGUUAGAACUAAAAAUGAACUCAAUAUUUUUUUACUUUUGAUUAGUGAUUCAAUGAAUUGAAGGUCAUUGGUGUUGUUAAAACUUAUAGCAAAUGUCUUUAUACAUGAUAGGCGAGUUUAGUGUCAACAUUAGCUGUCACCAUUUGACUUGUGAUUGUGAUUUGAGGCGUUCUGUGGGAUAACCCGGCUAAAAGAAUAUGCAGAAAGUUGCGUGGCAUAUUAGCCUGUGCAGUCUGCAAAAGCGAAUCUGUUUCUACUUUCAGCCUAGGCUUUAUUUCAGUUUGAAAGAGGCUUAAUUUAAACAAAAGGUUCAAUUAUACCCAAUAGUGUUGUCCCUGCACUGACCAUAGUGUUGUCCCUGCACUGACCAUAGGCUUAUCUGAGCCAAUACACACAUGCAUUCAGCCGUGUUUUCUCUCACUGCCGCUCAUUUAAUAUUGUUUUCUGUCUUUUCACAAGUUUGACCUUCUAGCACCUGCCAUGUGGCUAUCAAAUUCUAGCAAGCUUUUAUGGGCUUAAUCUUCAAAGAUAAAUAUGCCCAAAGCCUAACAACAAUAUAUGUUGGAGUAGGCAUGAAAUCAGUCUAAGGCCAAGGAAGACUCUUAAUACCAGGAAAUGAAUGGCAGAGACUUUAAUGUUGUGUAGGUCAUUAACCAAUCGGUACAGAUAAGUUAUUUUAGGUAGUCUAAGAGAAUCAAAACUAAAGGAUAAGUUAUUUGAGCAAGUCUAAGAGAACCCAAACCUUAAGAUAAGUUAUUUGAGCAAGUCUAAGAUAACCCAAACCUUAAGAUAAGUUAUUUGAGCAAGUUUAAGAGAACCCAAACCUUAAGAUAAGUUAUUUGAGCAAGUUUAAGAGAACCCAAACCUUAAAAUAAGUUAUUUGAGCAAGUCUAAGAGAACCCAAACCUACAUAUAAGGUAUUUUAGUAAGUAUAAGAGAACCCAAACCUUAAACCUCAGCGAGUCUUAAGUUUGUUUUGUACAAAACUAUUUAGUCGGUCAUUUACCUAGUAUUCUAUGUAUCCAACAUGCAUUUUCUGUAAUAAUUGCAAAGGGAAACAAAACAAAAAUGGUUGGAAACAACACUAAAAUAUAAAAAUACAUCACUAUACAUGUUUUUCUGUAUUUGUCAAUUAAGAAUUCACAAUCAUUAUUCAGAUUGGGAUAUAUUUAGUUUGGGAAAAAAAGUUUGGUGAAUUGAUCAUUGUGUGAAAAUAAUGCUUGAAAAGCGGACUUAGAGAGGGCCAUAUGUAAUGCAGCACAUGUUUGUAUCAUCAUUUUGUACAUGUAUCAUGUAAACUUUUAUACUUUUGGUCAUUGUAAACUUUGUUUAAAUAUGCAGUCAUGGCAUGUAUAAAGUGUGACCACGGUGUACACCAUAGGUAUGGAAAAGUGUUAAAUAUAUUAUCAGGUGAACAGUUAUUUUUACAAUAUUUUGUAAACUUUUCAUUUGUCUUACAUUUCCUAUUCUGCAUGUCUUUAAACAUUUUUGAAUUAAUAAAUAAUAAAGCUGUA